AUGGGCGCCGGGGGAAGCAAGUCCCCCAGAGGAUACUGCUACACCGGGAAAGAGCCUCCUAACCAGGUCCCCUUCCUGUGGUCUUCAGCACCGAAUGUGCCACCAAAAGACACACUCUUUGACUCAAGCAUCUAUCACACUGACAAGUCUAGAGCUCCUGAGGACUUUGUAUCUUCGUCUUUCACCCUGAAUCUAAGGCAGUCAGUGGUUCUAUGCUUCCUGACGGAGCUCACGAGGCUCUUCCAGAAGUGCCGCACUUCGGGCAGCGUCUUCAUCACCCUCAAGAAGUAUGAUGGCCGAACAAAACCAGUCCCGCGCAAAGGCCACGUAGAAAGUUUUGAACCAGCAGACAAUAAAUGUCUUCUAAGAGCAACUGAUGGAAAGAAGAAAAUUAGCACAGUGGUGAGCUCAAAGGAAGUGAAUAAAUUCCAGAUGGCAUACUCCAAUUUGCUGCGAGCCAACAUGGAUGGCUUGAAGAAGAAAGACAAGAAAAGCAAAAACAAGAAGAGUAAAGCAACCCAGUGACGGAACAGCGGCCUACCUUUCCCCCAACAGACCAGACCCUUGCUCCAAGCAAAGUCCCUUUCAUUUUGAGUUACCACUUGUCUUUGGCUUUCCUUCCAGCAGGAUACUGGGAUGUGAUCAGUGCUUGUGUUUAAACUGAAAGCCAGAAGCGCUUUCUUUGGAUUGCUGUAUGGCAGGAGUAUUUACAGGGUUAUACUGAAAUAGCUUUACACUCAACUGCCAACUAGUUUUGUACUUACUGCUGUUUGUUUUGUAUUAUAGCAAUGGGCAGCAUAAAACCCAUUU